AAGGAGUCUUCUGCUCCAGAGGAACACUUGGCAGGUCCAGCCCAGCUGCGAGCUUUCUUCCUGCACACGGAGCACGAGCGGAGGGAGCCGAAGACGGUCCCACAGGCCGACAUGAAGGUGGAAAUCCUGCCAGCCCUCACAGACAACUACAUGUACCUCCUCAUCGAUGAGGAAACCAAGGAGGCUGCCAUCGUGGACCCUGUGAACCCCCAGAAGGUUCUGGAUGCAGUGAAGAAGCACGGCGUGAGGCUGACCACUGUCCUGACCACCCACCACCACUGGGACCAUGCUGGAGGAAAUGAGAAGCUUGUAAAGAUGGAGUCGGGGCUGCACGUGUACGGGGGAGACAACAGAGUGGGAGCUCUGACCCAGAAAGUGUCCCACCUGACAGCACUCCAGGUGGGAUCUCUUAAUGUGAAAUGCCUCAGUACGCCGUGUCACACUUCGGGACACAUCUGUUAUUAUGUGACUAAGCCAAAUAGCUCCGAGCCACCUGCAGUUUUUACAGGUGACACCCUGUUCGUGGCUGGCUGUGGGAAGUUCUUCGAGGGAACCCCGGAGGAGAUGUACAAGGCGCUGAUCGAGAUUCUGGGCAGCUUGGACCCCAGAACGAGGGUUUACUGUGGUCACGAAUACACGAUCAACAACCUCAAGUUUGCUCGGCACGUUGAACCCAAUAAUGCCAAUAUCCAGGAAAAGCUGGCGUGGGCCAAGGCACAGUACGACAGUGGAGAGCCCACCAUCCCCUCCACCAUCGCAGAGGAGUUCACCUACAACCCCUUCAUGAGAGUGAGGGAGAAGACAGUCCAGCAGCACGCGGGGGAGACCGACCCCGUGCGCACCAUGGGGGCCAUCAGGAAGGAGAAGGACAACUUCCGAGUGCCCCGGGACUGAGCUCCGCCCGCGCCGCCGCAGCGUCCUUUAGACCAUUCACCUGUCCUAGGAGUCAAACCUUCUGUUGUGGUUGAGACAGUCCUGUCUAGGUCUUUAUUUUGUUUUAAUUCAGGAGAAGAAAAGCACUUUGCCCCUUUUGUUGAGAUGUUCUACAGCAUAUUUAUAUUACGAUGAAGAAUAUUUAUCCCUCUGUUGCUGUCUCUCGAGCUGUCACGUGUCACGUGCAGGUCAUUGUACCAGUGUUGGUGUGAGGCUCAGGGGUUGGGCUGGGAAGGAUCAAACCUGGAGGUUUAGGAAGAAGCUCCUGUUGGUUUUGUAGGAGCCUGAUGUGGAUGCAGACAGUGGGACUGGGGCCGAGGUGCUUUUGUGUAAAGCAGAGACCAAACACAGUAGUUGAAGAGUUGAGUGUUUCUUCCAUGCUGCUGCUGCAACGUUCUGAGUGUCGCUUCUGGCUCCGCUAAAACCAGUUCCCAGUGACAGACCUGCUCUGCCAGAGCCAGUUCAGGGUGUAAUUUGGGAACUAGGUGGGGCAGCCUGGCUCUGGGAAUGGCACGUGGGGACAUCCAGCUUCUCCCUUCUCCCUGACCUUCCCUGGCAUGGAUGGCAGUGACUUUUCCCAGGUACUGCACUGCUUACACCCUUUCAGUCUUGAGCCUGUUUGCAUGGACCUGCUUACUGCUCUUACCUGUGACCUGUGAGUUACCCUUGUCAGUGCCACACCAACAGAGCAGGGCUUUGGCUGAUGGCUGCAAAUCCCAUCCCUGCCCACAGCAGGGUGUUGGGACUGGGUCAUCUUUAUGGUUUCUUCCACCCUAAACCAUUCCAGGGUUGUAUGACUAGAGCUGUGUGACCCCAGCCUGCAGCCAGCUUGGAAGCUGCAGGGAGGGAGCUCCCCUUGGGCUGCUUUUCCAACAGGGAAUAGUGUGUCCAAGUUGAUGAAUGGGGUCCAUUUUGGAGGGAAAUAAAUGCAGAUUUGUGGUGAUUGGGGUCACCCCCUCCUGCAUUCCCAUCCUCCAGCUCGAGGUCUUUAAACAAGGGAUGUGAGUGACAGGGUGGGACCAGCCCCACGUGGCAUCAGCAUCUUUAAUCCAUCUUCCUCCUCAUUGUCUAUUCUUCCUGGUUCCUUGGUCUCCUCUGUACCACAGACCUGCUCCAGGACCAGAGAUUGUUUCUAAGAAAUAUUUUGCAGAUGAAACUUUGAAAAUAUUCAGAUGAUUUUGGUUCCUGUUUCUCCCCCUCUCCCUGGCACACGUUGGUAGGUGAUGCCACGAUGGAACCUGGAACCACCUGGGUGUCACCUGUGUCCCUGUGUUUGCUGUUCCAACACCACCUGCAUGGCAUUGUAUGAGCACCAGGUCUUUGUUUGCUUCAAAAUGCUAAAUUUUAUGUAACUCAGAAUGAAAAGUGGUACCUAAAGCUUUGUUGUUGCCUCCUGAACUGGAAUGUUGUGCUGCUACACUGGAGUGGCUGUGACAGAGGAGAAAUAAAGCACGGCUGGAAAUGGA